AUGAGCGCGCAGGGCGGAGCGGAGCGGGGAUGCAGGUGAGCCUCGGCGUCCACUCGGCAGAGCGCCUGGGGGGAGCCGCCUGUAGGCAGCAGCAGCAGCAGCAGCAGAAGCAGCAGCAGCAGAAGCAGCAGAGGAUGCGUGCGUCAAAUGCGAGCUGGUUCUAAUGCGAGCGUCAUGGCGACCGCAGCGUCCAACCACUACAGCAUCCUCACCUCCAGCGCAUCCAUCGUGCACUCGGAGCCCGGCAACAUGCAGCAGCAAGCGGCGGCGUACCGGGACGCGCAGAGCCUGUUGCAGAGCGACUACCAGCUGCAGAGCAACAGCCACGCGCUGAGCCACGCGCACCAGUGGAUUACCGCGCUGUCCCACGGCGAGGCGGCGCCGUGGUCCUCGGAGCAGGACAUCAAACCCGCCGUGCAGAGCGCCCGGGACGACAUGCACACCUCCGGCGGCAACCUGCAGCACCAGUCGCGGCCGCCGUCGCACCUGCAGGUGCACCAGAACCACCACGACGCGCGGGCGUGGAGGACCGCCACCGCGGCGGCGUCGGCGAUCCCCGGCAUGGCGACCGGCAACGGCCAAAGCUUGCUGUACUCCCAGCCGAGCUUCGGCGUCAACGGGCUGAUCCCGGGCCCGCACCACCACAACCUCAGAGACCCCCACGAGGACCACCACAGUCCGCACCUGAGCGAGCACAGCCAUCCGCCGUCCCAGCAGCACCAGCACGGCCCCAACCACCACGACCACUCGGACGAGGACGCGCCGACCUCGGACGACUUGGAGCAGUUCGCCAAGCAGUUCAAGCAGAGGAGGAUCAAACUGGGCUUCACGCAGGCGGACGUGGGGCUCGCCCUGGGGACCUUGUACGGGAAUGUCUUCUCCCAGACCACCAUUUGCAGGUUUGAGGCCCUGCAGCUCAGCUUCAAAAACAUGUGCAAGCUCAAGCCUCUGUUGAACAAGUGGCUGGAGGAGGCCGACUCCACCUCGGGCAGCCCCACCAGUCUGGACAAAAUCGCCGCGCAGGGCAGGAAAAGGAAAAAACGGACUUCCAUCGAGGUCGGAGUCAAGGGGGCUUUGGAGAGCCAUUUUUUGAAGUGCCCCAAACCUGCGGCCUCGGAAAUAAUGUCACUGGCGGACAGUCUGCACUUGGAGAAAGAAGUGGUCAGGGUUUGGUUUUGUAACAGGAGACAGAAGGAGAAGCGCAUGACGCCUCCCGGAGGAGCUCUGCCGGGGAGCGAGGACGUGUACGGGGACACGCCGCCCCACCACGGGGUCCAGACCCCGGUUCAAUGA